UAAAUGUUUAUCCUGCUCCCAAAGUGUGUUUUGGAUUAAAUUGUAUUAUUAUGUUUAACAUGUUGAAUCAGAUCAUCUGGAUUUCAUAAACUGAUGAACAAAGUCAGAAAUCUGCAGAAGUUGAACUUCCCGUUGGACCCCCCCACGCUGCGGUUAGCAGCCCCCCCUCCCGGUUCACGCGCUUCUCCUCAGAGAGACAGAAGUUGUGGUGGUUGCGGGGCAGAAACCCGCACUUUGACUCCGAACGAGCUCGGGUUCCCGCCGAUCUUCGGUUCUCCAGAGCAGCAACAAUCGUGUUUUUCCGGAUCGGGUUCGUCGUCCUCGCGCCGGGGGGCUCGCGCGGCUGAUGGAGGCGGGCGCGCGGAGGAGCAGGGAGGGGGGCGGAAGGGGAGGGGAGCUGACAUUAAAGCAACACAACAAGGAAACUGGUCCGCGGAGCCGCAGCGCCUCCUUCCCUCCUUCCUCCUUCGGUUUCUCCGCCAAGAGCCGCCGGAGCUGCAGGCGCGCGCGCUCCCACAGCGGCUCCGCGCGCCGGGAAAGAGUGGCCUCGCGCCGAGCUGGAUCCGAACGCUUUCAGAGAAAUGGGCUCCGAGCCGCCAGGCUCCCCUCAGGCGGUGGAGGACGGUGGUGAGGAGGACGAGGAGGAGCUGAGUGGAGGAGAGGAAGGAGACCUGCGGUCCAGCUCCGGCCGCGGCUCCCUGCUGACCAGGAGAGGCAUCACGCUGCGGGUGCUGCUGAAGGACGGGCUGGUGGAGCCGGGCGACGGCGUGCUGGGCAUCCACUACCUCGGGAAGAACUUCGUCGGCGACCUGUUGAACGAUGGGAAAAUCCGCUGGGUGGAAACGGGUCAGAUCUUCAACUCGCCCAGCGCCUGGGCGACCCACUGUAAGCGGCUGGUUAACCCGGCCAAGAAGUCCGGCUGUGGAUGGGCGUCCGUGCGGUACCGGGGGCAGAAGCUGGUCCAGUACAAAACCACCUGGCUGCACAAGUACCAGCCCAGCGCAGACAUGAGCCUGGUGAGUGAGGAAGAUGAUGACGAGGAUGAGGAAGAAGGGAAGACUGCGGUGCCGGCAGACGAGAAGAACAAGAACAUCAAGCCUGGACUGCACGACGUGGUGGUUUCCCGGCGCACCGACAGAGAGAGGAUUCCCGUCAGAUACUGCACCUUAGGCACCAGAGAUGCUGCCAAAGACCCGCACACGUUGGUGGAGUUGUCGGCCUUCUCCGCCAUCAACAGAUUCCAGCCGUUCAACGUGGCCGUCUCCAGUAACGUUCUGCUCCUGAUGGACUUCCACUGUCACCUGACCACCAGUGAGGUGGUGGGAUACCUCGGAGGGAGAUGGGACACUAAUACACAACUUCUGACGGUCCUGAGGGCUUUUCCGUGUCGGACCCGGCUGGGAGACCGGGACGCUGCUUCUGCCGUGGAGGAGGAGAUCUGUCAGAACCUGUUCAUGCGCGGCCUGUCGUUGGUGGGCUGGUACCACAGUCACCCGCGGGGGCCGGCGCUGCCGUCGCUGCAGGACAUCGACUCUCAGAUGGACCAUCAGCUGAGGCUGCAGGGAUCCAACAACGGCUUCCAGCCGUGCCUGGGCAUCAUCUGUGGACCAUAUUACCAUGGAAACCAGGGAGUUGCAUCUACAAUAACCCCGUUCUGGGUGGUGCCCCCGCCUGAGCAACGACCCAACGACUACGGGAUCCCGGUGGCGGUAGAGGUCACCUACGUCCAGGACAACUUCCUCACCAGCGACGUUCUGAACGAGAUGAUGCUGCUGGUGGAAUACUACAGAGCAGCUCCGGACCUGGUCCAGUUCAACCAGUACUGGUGCCCCGACACCACCAUGAUGGACAAGAUCAAGGGAUCCCUGAGCUGCCACGCCCCCAAAGACCAGGCGUACUCCCAGAUCUUGGAGCACGUGUACAGUCAGCUGAGCGGCGUUCACUGAUGCACCUGCAGCGACAGGUGAGCCACGGCGAGGAGCAGCUGGAGGUCAGGCCGUCACGAAGGACCUACUCGGUAGCCUGAAUGUUUCCGUCUGAUCAUCAGGACCUACGUACCUACCUGAGACAGCCUCUGCAGGUGUGCUCAGGUGCCUCAGGUACGGUCGAUGUAACAGCAGUUGUGUAAAUGUUUGAUGUGUGUUCAUGUUUGUGUCCGCUGAGCCGUGCGUUAGGGUUUGGGUUAGAUCCCCGUGUGCACUUAUCUACUGCCCCCCCCAUCAUGUUGGUUCGGAAAACCACCUCUACUGUAUUUAUUAGUGAUUGAAGCUCCGCCUCCCGCCUGCUGAUGAUCCACGAGGCGUUCAAAGACACACUGGAACUAUUUAAACUGUCAUUUGUUUGUUGUUGCAUUAAAGCAUCUGUUUGUCUGUUUGUUCUUUGGUGAAAAAUAAAAAAAAAAACUUCUGCAGAAA